AUAUUGCUGUUAGUGACCUCAUUCUCUUCCUGGCUUUGCUGGACGACAAGGGACGAAGUGCGAGGUUCAAGUGUUGUUUUUAUGGGCUUUGUAUUGUCUGUAACAUCAAAAUGUUGAAAGAGUGGGUAAGGGAGCGACUCAUUGCAGCCGCCGACGAAAUCUUCGGACUGUUUGAAAGAACGAUAGCGUCCUACGAAGAGGAACUUUGUCGAGCGAGAGAGGAGACCGAGCGACACCGAAGACAACUGGAAGCUUUUGGCAACUCUCAGAUUGUGUCACGGGUCCACGGUGAAUCUGAUGUCCAGCAGUGGGGAGGGAGCGCCAGUUUGCAGCGGGAGGAUCCACAAUCCCCCUACAUAAAAGAGGAAGAGGAGGAGCCUGGUGUCAGCAGAUUUCCAAUGACGAGUGUCGCUGUGGAAAGUACAGAGGACAUGGAAAAGUCACCCGAGUGGUUACAAUUUCUUGGUUGUUACAGUCCAAGUGGAGACCACUGCGAAGGACCACCACCAGACAACCCCUUCGGUCCACCGUCAGAUGGUGACAACGUAGAAGAAAUUUUGUGGAGCGACGCAGACUAUAAAGCCAGUAAAUUCAUUGGAAUCACAUCACCGAAAGCCUCCAAUGCUGCUGCGAUGCGAAAAAGUAGGAAAAAGCUCAAACAGAAUCCAGAGGCCUACCAGAAACAUCUGGAGAGAGAACGCGAGCGAUACAGAAGGAGAAAGUCCCAGGGGAAAAUAAAACAUAUACAAGACCUCCCUGAACUUGAUCAACUUCAGCUAAGGAGGAAAUGGAGUACAGAAAAGAGAUCACAAAGAAAGGAAAGAAAAGAAGCUCAUAAUCAGCCCUCUACUCCAGCUAUGGCAUCUCCAGAGCCUCAGACUAGCAACUCAAAACAGAAGCGUGAUGGAUGUAAGAGAAUGAAGAAAAAUGAGAGAAAAGCUUACAGGACUAUAAAAAAACAGAAGGGUGGGAUAAACAAUCUCACUAACAAAAUGAAAAAUCUGCAAUGACGUAUGAACUAAUUGAUUGUCAGAACAUUUCAUGACAAUACUGCAUCAAGCACAAACAAGUCCCCUGCCUCAAAAGCCCCCACACUUGUGAAUAAGGGCAACAUGGAGAAAAUCAGCAAAUAAUAAACAUUUGCACAUGCAGUUCAAGCCAACGUGAAGACAAAUUAAGUCACAAAAUUCUUCAUUGGUUCAAUUCUUAACAAGUACCGGAUGCGUCACAGGAUGAUAGGAAACCUUCCUCUGUUCGCAAAGCCAGACACCCAAAAAGAGAGAAUGUAACUUCCAAUUUCUUUUAAUGUGAGAGAAUUUUUCAGUAUGCAUGCUGCAGGCAAGAAAGAGACCAAAGACUAUAAAAGACAAAUGACAACGCAGAUAUUUAUGUGAUAUGAUGUUGACUUUGUAUUCAAUGUUCAGAGUGGAGGCGACACCGGUUAGCACAUCUGCCUCACAGUUCUGAGGACCCGGGUUCAAGUCUCGCCUCGCCUGUGCGGAGUUUGCAUGUUCUCCCCGUGCCUGUGUGGGUUUUCUCCGGGUACGAGUUUCCUCCCAUUCCAAAAACAUGCAUGGUAGGUUAAUUGAAGACUCUAAAUUGCCUGUAGGUGUGAAUGUGAGUGCGAAUGGUUCUUUGCUUAUGUGUGCCCUGCGAUUGGGUGGUAACCAGUUCAGGGUGUACCCCGCCUCUUGUCCAAAGAUAGCUGGGUUAGGCUCCAGCACACCUGCGACCCUCGUGAGGAUAUGGGGUACAGAAAAUGGAUUGAUGGAUGUUGUCCCUGACAUUGUCAUUAAUAGAAACAGGAGUGCAAUGUCCACGAUGUAAAGUCAAUGUGAAGAAUAUGUAUUUACAGUGGAGGAAAUAAUUAUUUUAUCCCACACUGAUUUUGUAAGUUUACCCACUGACAAAGACAUUAACGGUCUGAAAUUAAUGGUGGGUGUAUUUUAACAGGGAAGGAUAUAAUAUCAAAAAGAAAAUCUAGAAAAUCACAUAAAACAAAACAUUCAAAUUUUUUUUGCAAUUCAUUGAGGAAAAUAUAUGACCCCUCUCAGCAGGUAUUUUGGCCCGCUCUUCAUGAGCAAACUGCUCCAGUUGUCUCAGGCUUGAAGGGUGCUUUCUCCAAACAGCAUGUUUCAGCUCCUUCCACAAAUGUUCAGUAGGAUUUCGAUCAUGGCUGAUAGAAGCUAGAAUACCUUGAUAGUCUUGAGAUUUCAUUGUGCCCUGCACAGAUUGAAGACACCCUGCGGCAGAUGUAGAAAAGCAGCCCCUAAACAUAACAAAGACUCCUACAGGUUUCACAGGAGGGACAGUGUUCUUCGUAUGCUUCAUUUGUGCAUCUGUGAACAUAAAGCGGUGCCUUGCCAAAAAAGUUCCAGUUUUAUCUCGUCUGUCCAUAGGACAUUCUCACAGAAGCUUUGUGGCUUGUCAACUUGCAAUUUGGCAAAUCCUAGCCUUGCUUUUUUACGAUUUAUUUUCAACAGUGGUGUCCUCCUUGGUUGUUUCCCUGCAAACAACAACAGAUGGUGUGAUCUGACACUGAUGUACCUUGACCUUGGAGUUCACCUUUAAUUUCUUUGGAGGUUGUUCUGGGCUGUUUUGGUACCAUUCGUAUUAUCCAUCUCCUCAAUUUAUCAUCAAUGUUACUCCUGUUUCCACAUCCAGGGUCUUGGCUACAAUCCCAUAUAUCUUAAAUUUCUGAAUAGUAUCUGCAACCUUAGUCACAGGAACAUAAAAUGCUUGGAGAUGGUCUUGAAGCCUUUACCUUUACCUUGUUUGUCUAUAAUUUGCUUUCUAAUCUCCUGAGACAACUCUCUCCUUCGCUUUCUCUGGUCCAUGCUCAGUGUGGUACACACCAUGUCACCAAACAGCACAGUGAUUACUUGUCACCCUUUAAAUAGGUCGACUUACGUUACAAGACACCUGUUAAUUAGAGUAUACACCUUGUUUGAACAUGUCCCUAUGGUCAAAUUAUUUUCAAUUUUUUCUAGGUGUACCAUAAUUUUUGUCCAGGUGUGUUUCAUGAGUUUGUUUAACAAAUAAUUCUGUUGAACCACAAUUUAAAAGACAUGUCUGAUUUUCAUUGGUAAUUUUCAUGUAUUACUUUUGUCAGUUUCAAGUUAUUUCUGUGACCACUGUGGGGUUUUCUUUCAUUCACAGAGCGGUGACCCAAAUUUUGUCAAUGUGUGACUAUAAUGAUUGAUUAAUUCAACAGGUAAUCAGUUCUGAGGACCCGGGUUCAAUCCCCGGUCCAGCCUGUGUGGAGUUUGCAUCUUCUCCUCGUGCCUGCGUGGGUUUUCUCCGGGCACUCCGGUUUCCUCCCACAUCCCAAAAACAUGCAUUAAUUGGAGACUCUAAAUUGCCCGUAGGCAUGACUGUGAGUGCGAAUGGUUGUUUGUUUCUAUGUGCCCUGCGAUUGGCUGGCAACCAGUUCAGGGUGUACCCCGCCUCCUGCCCGAUGACAGCUGGGAUAGGCUCCAGCACGCCCGCGACCCUAGUGAGGUGAAGCGGCUCAGAAAAUGGAUGAAUGGAUGGAAAUAUGAGAGCGAGUGUUUAAUUAAUUCAACAGGUAAUUAUGAAGUGUAAAAAUAUGAGAGGGAGUCGAGUGAAUUUAAGGGACGUGUAAUGAAUACAGAAUACAUUUUUAAUAGAACGUUUGUAGUAAUAUUAGACUUGAGAAAACAAAAAAGAUUACAUCAGUCAACAAGUAUUUGAAUUUUUAAGCAUGACAUGACUAGGACUUGUAUUGGAAAGAAUUCCAGAUACAGGCACAUAGGAAUCUCAAUGUAAAAAGCCUUUAUUUCUUAGGGCUCAAACAUUAAAACACACCAAUGUGUAUCGAACCACUGGCCUUCAUUAGGAUGUUGGUAACAAACAGUGUACAGACCUAAUUAUAGUGCCAAUAUCUGACACUUGCACCAUUUUAUAACACACUAUGUGUUCACACUUAUGCAUGCACCUGACCAUACAUGUGCACCCACAAACAUUUUACAUUUCACUAAUAACAAUUUGUACAUUUGAUUGGUUUGAUUAUCUAUGCAUAACACGAAUGAAUCUAUUACCCUCUUCUUGAUAUCUACAGUAUGUACACUAUUACCUAUAUGUUUUUCUAAACUCUACUUUUUAUCCCUAAAUACAUGACACUUCACCCUCAAUCUCAAAAUACCAAAAUUAAAUAAAAGAAAAUCAGGGUUUGUAUCAAUCACAGGUGCCUAUAAUCUAUUAUCUUAAACUCAUUCUGUCAUUCUUUCCAUGAAACUCCCAUCGAUCACCCUUUCCCACCAUUUUUUUCCCAUGCUAUGAGGUUGGUUUUAUCCAUGAAACAGUUAUUAGUUGUUUGUUUUUACUAUUAUAAUAAAUAUUAGAACAAUUGUCUUACUUUUUAUUAACAUAACGUUUGGUAUAAUGCCCAAUAAAAACAUGUCAUUUUAAAAAUA